AAAAUAUAAUUAUCUUCAUUUAACAAACUCAUUUAAAAUUUUAAUUUUUUUUUUUUAAUAAAACUCAACGAGGUAGAGUAAUAAAAAAAUCCAUCCGAUGGCUCUAAUUCUGGCAAUGAGUUCGUUAAAGUAGGUACCCGACAGCAGCCACUCCUGCGACUGCGAGAGGAAAGAAAAAAUAAUGGAGAGCUUGUGUUUCCACAGUUAUAUCCCUUCAAUUCUUCCAUUUCAAAAGUUCGUUACUAAUCCCUACAGUCACAAUUCCUUCUCCAACUCCAAUUCCAGAAACCCACUCCGUUUUCCUUCCAGUUCAAAUUCAAAAUUCACGGUUCAUUGUACGGAGAGAACCAGAGAGGAUACUCCUCUUUCCAGUUCUUCUGCUUACACGGUGCUCGGCGUUGAUCCCGGCUGCUCAGCCGCUGAGCUUAAGGCCGCUUUCCGAGCCAAAGUGAAGCAGUUCCAUCCUGAUGUGAAUAGAGAUGGGGAUGAUUCUGAUACCAUGAUUCGCCGCGUAAUUCAAGCAUAUCAGAUGAUAUCUAACUGCAGCCGAUUAGAGAUCAUCGAAAGGGAAUGUUUAGAUCCCUUUGAUAAGCCAGAGUGUGAAGCAUUUGACAUCUUUGUUAAUGAAGUUCUUUGUGUUGGCAAAGGAUGUCCUUAUUCAUGUGUACAAAGAGCUCCUCAUGCCUUUGCUUAUGCUUGUUUAACUGGAACUGCAAGGGCGAUAUCUCAAGGGCAUGGUGAAGAUUACCAAGUUCAGCUUGCCGUUGGUCAGUGCCCAAGAAGUUGUAUUCAUUACGUGACACCUUCGCAGAGAAUCAUUCUAGAGGAGUUGCUUGACAGUAUCUUGAAUGCUCCGUAUGAUUGUUCAGCAGAGGCAGACUUGCUAUAUUCUCUUAUAGUUAAAGCUAGAUUUGAGAACAAUCGGUUCCAGAAGCCGAAGAAGCAACCAAAGACUUCAACUCAACACGUGGAUUGGUUUACAUGAGUACUGCUGGUAAGCGGAUUCAUGUUCAAUCACCAAUAGUACCAAUUUACAGAACCCGCAAAAUAGCAAAGAAAGUAGAAGAAAAUUCUAAUUGUAGAUAUCAAGGGAAUGAUGACUUUGAAUAUUACUUCAUCGAAGGAGCUGAUGCUAGAAGCAUGUAGCGAAGAGAGAAACAUAUUGGCUUUGCUAGGCGACAUGUGAUUCAAGAGAAGGCUGGGAAAUUUGUAUUCUGCUGAAGGCAUGUGUAGUCAUACACAUCGUCAUAUUUAUUCUUUUAUAUGGAGCAAUGCCGCCGAUGAAAAAUCUUGUCACCAAUGGAUUUGAGUUCAAUUAAUUUAUGCUUUAUAAAUCUUUUUUAUUGUUAAUGAAGUAAACAUUAUGAGCAUUGGUUCAUGAUGGAAGGGAAUAAGAAAAAUAUGUAGUUGUGGUUGUGGAGACUAGAAAUGGUAUUUGAAACUAAUCCCACAUAGGAUAUUUAAGAGCGGAGUUGGAAAGAGUAGUGGCUAUAAAUGAUAAGCGGAAUGCAACGGGCUUCCAUACUUACCUGGACGGGGUCAAUGGGUGAUCUAGAAGGCCCAUGGCCUAGGUCAGUGACUUCCAUUGCACGUGGGAGGGGUGCUGUCCUAAGGUCUCCCUAAGCGGGAGAGCCUACGUCAUAAUUUGUGGUAGUGGGGGCCUGCGUUCGCGCGGCCUCUGGC